UCAAAGCUGUGAUUUUCGUUUGGCCAAACCCUUUUGGCCGAACCGACAACAAACCUUCAAAACGUUCUGCACGGAAGCGAUACGCAUUAUGGGGUGCGCACAGUCGGCUGAGGAACGGGCUGCCGCCGCUAGGAGCCGCCUGAUCGAGCGUAAUCUCAAGGAGGACGGUAUCCAGGCGGCCAAGGACAUCAAACUGUUACUGCUCGGCGCUGGCGAAUCGGGAAAAAGUACAAUCGUUAAACAGAUGAAAAUUAUUCACGAAAGUGGCUUUACGUCAGAGGAUUUCAAACAGUAUAGGCCAGUAGUGUACAGCAACACGAUACAAUCACUAGUUGCAAUACUGCGAGCGAUGCCAAACCUUAGCAUUGCGUUCGGCAAUAACGAACGAGAGUGUGACGCAAAGAUGGUGUUCGACGUAGUACAGCGGAUGCACGACACAGAACCAUUCUCGGAGGAUCUGCUAUUAGCGAUGAAAAGACUGUGGUCGGAUUCUGGCGUGCAGGAGUGUUUCUGCCGCAGCAACGAGUAUCAGCUGAACGAUUCCGCAAAAUAUUUCCUGGACGAUCUUGACCGAUUGGGCGCCAAGGACUAUCAGCCGACGGAGCAGGAUAUCCUACGGACACGUGUCAAAACCACCGGUAUCGUGGAGGUACACUUCUCCUUCAAGAACUUAAACUUCAAGCUCUUCGACGUUGGUGGCCAGCGAUCGGAGCGAAAGAAGUGGAUCCACUGCUUCGAGGAUGUUACCGCCAUCAUCUUCUGCGUGGCCAUGUCGGAGUACGAUCAGGUGUUACACGAAGAUGAAACCACGAACCGUAUGCAAGAGUCGCUGAAGCUGUUCGAUUCGAUCUGCAACAACAAAUGGUUUACCGAUACCUCAAUCAUUCUAUUUCUGAACAAGAAGGAUUUGUUCGAGGAGAAAAUCCGGAAAAGUCCACUGACAAUCUGCUUCCCGGAGUACACGGGUGGACAGGAGUACGGCGAAGCGGCUGCCUACAUUCAGGCGCAGUUCGAGGCUAAAAAUAAGUCCACAUCAAAGGAAAUCUAUUGCCACAUGACAUGUGCAACGGACACCAACAACAUCCAGUUCGUGUUCGACGCCGUCACCGACGUUAUCAUAGCGAACAACCUGCGCGGCUGUGGUCUGUACUAAAAGCGGGGCAUC